AUGGUCAGCACACGCUCCUCCGCCUCCGGUUGUUUGGCCGCAUCGUCGUCAACCAGCCCACAGCGCGAUCCAUCGAGACCCAGACCGACAAGCGCAUCUUGCGGCUCUUCAAAGUUCCCUUACUCGCUCCCCUACGCCUCACUCGACCUUCGAACCCAUCCCCAUCUAUACCGCACAGGUGUGGGAGAACAGGGAGUGCUUAUGGUGGAACCGUACAAAUCCGAACUGCUGCCGCACUGGCGCUUCAAAGAUCCACCCACAGCCACCGCCUCUUCCAACAAGCUCUGCGAGAUCUUCCUUGCAUACGUUUCGCAGGACGACUUUGUGGGAGCUGACAUGGCACGGAAAUUUGUACAGAUGGGUUUUACACGUGCGAGGCGUUAUGCGAACCACAAAGGUGGCAAGAAGUAUAUCUACCAAGACGACCGAGACCGUGCUCAUACUCAGCGAUCAAAGCAGCACAGCACAGGUAGGGCAGCGAAGGGUAAGAGGACCGAGAUUGAGAGGCUAGCGGUGCAAAAUCAAGAGCCCAACAAGGUCGAAGCUGCUCGGAUAUUCAAGCAGAUACUAGACGAGAAGAUAUGGAAAAAUGCGGAGUACGCCAAGAUGAGAGAAAAUCACAUUGCAUGGGCCAAAACGAGACCGUUACUAACAGAGCGCAGUCAAGAGGUGCAGAGCGCGAUCUUGAAAGAUCCGUCCAGCCAGAGGUUGGUUAAGAAAUGGUGA